GGCCAGGCUCCCCGGCCAUGUGACCCCGCGGCCCGUCUGGGACGCGACGGGACGCGCUGGGACGGGCGCCGGGGGUCGCGGGCAGCAUGGAGCGGAGGUGGGUCUUCGUGCUGCUCGACGUGCUGUGCGUGCUGGUCGGUCUCCCCUGUACUUCUUCCUUUACGGCACCUUCCCUGUGUGGCCUCCGCGACACCCUACUGAAGGCCGCAGCCACCUCCCCGAUUCCGGUCAUCGUGCAAGAACCACGAAGAACGGAAGUUUCCUGCCGGGAGAGGGCUCCCAGGAGCACGGAAGGGAGUUCGAGAUGUUCUGGGCCACGAGAAGGAUCCUCUCUGCCUUCCGCCAUCCUGACGCUCGUGCACGCCCCGUACAAGCGAGGAUUCUACUGCGCAGAUGACUCCAUCCGGUACCCCUACCGUCCAGACACCAUCACCCACGGGCUCAUGGCCGGGGUCAUCAUCACCACCACCGUCAUACUUGUGUCGGCCGGGGAGGCCUACCUGGUGUACACAGACCGCCUCUACUCCCGCUCCGACUUCAACAACUACCUGGCCGCCCUCUACAAGGUGUUGGGGGCGUUCCUGUUCGGGGCUGCAGUGAGCCAGUCGCUGACAGACCUGGCCAAGUACAUGACCGGCCGGCUGCGGCCCAACUUCCUGGCCGUGUGUGACCCUGACUGGAGCCGUGUCAACUGCUCCGUGUAUGUGCAGGUGGAGGUGUGCAGGGGAAGGCCUGCUGACGUCACCGAGUCCAGAUUAUCCUUCUACUCUGGACACUCCUCCUUUGGAAUGUACUGCAUGAUGUUCUUGGCGCUCUACGUGCAGGCCCGGCUGUGCUGGAAGUGGGCACGGCUGCUGCGGCCCACUGUGCAGUUUUUCCUGGUGGCCUUUGCCCUUUACGUGGGCUACACCCGUGUGUCUGACUACAAACACCACUGGAGUGAUGUUCUCGUUGGCCUCCUGCAGGGGGCGCUGGUGGCCAGCCUCACUGUCCGCUACGUCUCCGACUUCUUCAAAGCCCGGCCCCCGCGGCACUGCCUGGAGGAUGAAGAGGUAGAGCGGACACCCACAUCACUGACACUGGCCCUGGGCGAGGCUGGCUGCAGCCUCUGCGGGUCCCCUCCUGCUGGGGCUCGGGCUGUGGGCAGCAAGCGUGUCCAUGGUCCUGGCAGGUCCCUAAGCCAGGAUGGCUGGAUCCUGGCGUGGGUUCCACUAACCCCACCUCCAUGCACUGGGCUAGGGGGUACCUGGGGCAGCCCUAGCGUGAGGAGGGGGACUCGUCCUCAGAAUCCCUGUCUUUUGUUGGCUUAGGGAAGGGACUGAGAGAUCCCAGUGGAUGCCGGUUUUGUAAAAUGUGACCUCUGUUUGGAUUUUUAGUAAAAUAGGGCGUUUGCUUGACAGA